AUGAGCAACUACACAGAGGGGACGUACAAGAAAGGAAGAACUAAGAUGAUCUUGUUUGAUGCCUUCAUCUACAGCAAAAACAAGAAGUCACAGAAUGGCAAAUACAUUUACCUAACCUGUGCACUCAAACAUUCUCGCCACUGCAAAGGUACUGCGAAGAUAGUGUUGGAUGAAGAUCAUGCUCUCAAGGGAGCUGCACACAAUCAUGAUCCCGAGGCUUAUGAGUAUGACAAGUUCAGCUUCCUCAGGGACCUGCGAAACGAGGUGUGCAACCUGCAGGACACUCGGUCUCUACGACGUGCCUUUGAUGAUGCAGCAGCAUCCAACAGCUCUGUAGGUGGGAGAGUAACAUUCAAGCAGAUUGAAUCAUCUUUGUAUAAAAAUAGGCGAGCACAGCAGCCGAACAUUCCCUCUUGCCACGAGGAGGUGGUUGAAAGCCUUCGCCAAAACAGUACAUAUGGUCACAACUUUGCAGCCAGUGUUGAGGUUGGUGAAGACAAGGCAGUGAUGUUUCUUUCUGACGGAAUGAAGGAACAUCUGUCUGAAGUCAAAGAAAUUGCUUUCGACGCCACCUUUUUUGCAACACCGAGGCCCUACAAGCAGUACUUUAUUGUCCAUGGUGUUUUCAAAGGCAAUGUACUGCCCAUUCUCCACGUCCUUAUGACGAACAAAGGCUUUGAGCUGUACAAGGGUGUGCUUGCAAAACUGAAGACGAUUGCGCCAGCUUUCAAGCCUGUUGCCGGCAUGUCUGAUUUCGAGAAAGCAAGUCGAAAAGCAUUCCUCGAAGCUUUCCCUGACAUGAAGCUGUCAGGUUGUCAGUUUCACUAUGCCAAGAGUAUAUAUGCAAAGAUACAAAAAGUGGGACUGACAAAUGUCUAUGCAUCCAACAAGGACUUCAAGCGCUGGGGACGGAUGUCUCUACUUUGGAAAGCUUGGAGAUGA